UUUUGUCACUUGUUUUUAGGAACCCACAAAAGUAAAUGGUCAAUGAAAUUUAGAUUCGGGAUGUUGAGGGGGAGGUUAAAAGAGAGGAAGGAGGGGAAAAUUUUUUAUUUAUUGUUUUCUUGGCUAAAUGAAGUAGUUGAGAAAGAAAACUUUUAAAAUCAAUUUAUAUUCCUACCGGUGUUCAUUGUUAAAUUUUAAUUAAAAAUUUGGAGAAAAAUUAUUAAUUUUGUUUCAAUUUAAUUAAAAUUUCAAUUGGAGCAAAGCAAUGGAAUUAAUAGCAAAUAUUUUUGGAUUUUAUUUUACUUUAUUUUUCAAUUGUGUCUCUUUCUUAGCAUCACAGAAUUACGAUUCAACUGUAUUAAAUGAAGUAAAUAGAACAGACGAGAAAGAAAAUUUAACAAAAGAAGAAUUAAAUAAUAAUAAAAUUUUAGCAUUAAAAGAAGAACCAGCUUGGUUACGUUCUGGAGAUAUUGAUGGAGUUGAUGAAGUAUUACUUAAGCAGUUAUCAGAUCCAAAUGUUCAAUUUAAUGCUCUAAAGAAUCAUCAAUUAAUUUGGCCAAACGGUAUUGUUCCAUAUGAAUUGGAUGAGGCUUUUUCAAUUAGUGAAGUUAAACUUUUACAAAAAGCUUUUAGAAUUUAUCGACGGCGUACUUUUGGAUGUAUCCAUUUCAAGCCUCGAAACUUUGAAAAUGAUUAUUUAAAUAUUGUAAGGGGUAAUGGAUGCUAUUCUCAAGUUGGGAAAACUGGUGGUAAACAGGAACUUUCAUUGGGACAAGGAUGUUUAUUUAAUGAAACUAUAAUUCAUGAAUUAAUGCAUUCAUUGGGCUUUUGGCACGAACAUAGUAGAGCAGAUAGAGAUAAUCAUAUAAUAAUUCGUUGGGAGAAUAUAUUGCCUGGUUUAGAUUCACAAUUUGAUAUUUUUACAAAUAUAAUUGGGACAUCUUUUGAAUUGAGUGAAUUAGAUAUUGAAAAAAUAAUGAAAUUAUAUAAUUGUGAUAAACAGAAGAAGGGAAAUAAAUGUACUGAUUAUUUUGUUGAUUGUAACCAAUUUAUUGACUAUUGUAGAAAAAUAUCUUUUUAUUUUAUUAUGAGAACAUAUUGUCCAUUUACUUGUGGAAAAUGUAAAAAAUAA